UCGGCCAUCUGUGCAGGAACAGCAGAGCUCCGGGAUCCUGCUGCACAUUUCCAGCUCCUGCAGCCUCUUUUAUACCUGAUUCACCAAUUCAUUAACCUUCAUCUCCAGCGCAGCGCAGCAGAAACCGGCAGAUAUGAGGCUCCCCGUCGCUGUUUUCGCUUUAUUAGCGGUGGCGAUCACAACUAACGCCACUGUGUUCUUCAAAGAGCAGUUUCUGGACGGAGAUGGAUGGAAGAGCAGAUGGAGUGAAUCCAAACACAAAUCAGACUAUGGUCAAUGGAAACUCACAGCAGGGAAGUUCUACGGAGAUGCUGAACUCGACAAAGGUCUUCAGACGAGUCAGGACGCCCGCUUCUACGCGCUGUCCAGUCGCUUUGAGCCCUUCAGCAAUGAAGGAAAACCCUUAGUGAUCCAGUUCACAGUGAAGCACGAGCAGAAGAUCGACUGCGGCGGUGGUUACGUCAAAAUCUUCCCUACUGACCUCGACCAGGCCAACAUGCACGGAGAUUCACAGUAUUACAUCAUGUUUGGCCCAGACAUUUGUGGCUACAGCACCAAGAAAGUACACGUCAUUUUCAACUAUAAAGGCCAGAACCACCUGAUCAAGAAAGACAUCCGCUGUAAAGAUGAUGAGCACACACACCUGUACACCCUCAUCCUCCACCCUGACCAAACUUACGAGGUAAAAAUUAACAACGAGAAAGUCGAGUCUGGCUCUCUGGAGGAGGACUGGGACUUCCUGCCACCGAAAAAGAUCAAGGAUCCCGAGGCCAAGAAGCCGGAGGACUGGGAUGACCGUGCUAAAAUCGAUGACCCCGAGGACACAAAGCCAGAGGACUGGGAUAAACCAGAGAACAUUCCUGACCCUGAUGCCAAGAAGCCCGACGACUGGGAUGAAGACAUGGAUGGAGAGUGGGAGCCACCUAUGAUCCCUAACCCCGAGUACAAGGGUGAAUGGAAACCCAAGCAGAUUGACAACCCCAACUACAAAGGAACGUGGGUGCACCCAGAGAUUGAUAACCCUGAAUACACAGCCGACGAUUCCAUUUACAAAUACGACAACAUUGGUGUACUCGGACUAGAUCUGUGGCAGGUGAAGUCUGGCACCAUUUUUGACAACUUCUUUAUCUCUGAUGAUGUAAAGGAGGCUGAGGAGUUUGGAAAAGAGACAUGGGGAGCCACAAAGGGCCCAGAGAAGAAAAUGAAGGAGAAGCAGGAUGAGGAGGAGAGGAAACAGAGGGAUGAGGAGGAGAAGAGCAAGAAGGAAGAAGAUGAUGACAACGAGGAAGGUGACGAGCAAGAAGAUGAACCAGAAGAGGAUGAGGAGGAAACUACAGAUGAGCCCAGCCAAGUGGACGAGGAAGAGGAAGAGCAUGAUGAAGAUAAACCCUCUAAAGACGAACUGUAGACGUAAUUGCGGUGCCUGAGAGUGGCUCCAUAACAAUCCUCAGUCUUAGGAGAACCUACUGACCCUCUCUCGCUGAGCAGAGCUCCGGCAGUGGAGCUUUUACUACAGGCCUGGGACAGUAGUGUAAGGGUGUGUUGUGAUCUGAUUUCUGUGUGUUUUGUUUCCUGUGGUGAGAUUUCUUUUUGUUUGUUUGUUUUUUUGCACCCAUCUUUUGGUUCCAAUCAUAAGUUAAUUUUAUUGCGCGACAUUCGGUGUGUCCUGGAUUUUUAUUUUUUACUGCUGCUACCCGGCUCCUCCACUCACCUUCUACUCAGACGUAAAGCUAAAGUUGACAGGAAUUUUGAUCAUCAUAUUAAUGUCUUGAGGGGGAAAAAUGAUGAGUAUCAUUUUUAGGUUAUUUGCACUUUUUUUAAAUAAAUGAUUUUCUUAAACA